AAACAGCUGCUGAUGAAAUAGGAGAAGGCGCACUUUGAAGCACGUGGGGCUGUUCCAGGGCACUCUGAGCUCACACACAGCCCAGGGGCGCUCGGUCAUGGAGUGACCCUGGGCUCAGGUCUCCGCACCAGAGAAGGCAUGGCCGGGGAAGUCAGCCUGAAUUUCCUCCAGGAGCUGGAACGCGAGGUCAUCCUCCAGGUCCUGUACCGAGACCAGGCGGUCCAGAGCACCGAGGAGGAGAGGAUCCGGAAACUGAAGACGCACUUGCAGCACCUCCGGUGGAAAGGAGCACAGGGCGUGAGCCAGGAGCACAGAGAGAAGUCAUGCGCCCGCUGUCAGAGGGAGCUGGGGUUUCUGCUGAACCGGGGGGCCGUGUGCAAGGGCUGCAGCCACCGCGUGUGCUCGGAGUGCCGAGUGUUCCUGAGGAAGACCAGCGCCUGGAAGUGCACCGUGUGCUUUGAGGACAGAAAUGUGAAAAUAAAAACUGGAGAAUGGUUCUUUGAGGAGCGAGCCAAGAAAUUUCCAACUGAAAGCAAACACGCGACAGCCGGAGCAAAGCUCUUACAAUCUUAUCAGGAGCUGAGCAAGAUUUCUGUGGUUCCUCCGACCCCACCUCCUCUGAGCGAAAGCCAGUGCAGUAGCAGCUCUCAGAGGUUACAGGAACUUGGUCAGUUUAAAGGAUUUAAUAAAUCCGUGGAAAAUUUGUUUCUGUCUGUUACCACCCACAUGAAAAAGCUUUCCAAGUCCCAGAAUGACAUGACCUCUGACAAGCAACUCCUGGCCACGGGUCCCAGGCAGUGUGCUAGCCGGACGGAGAGGAGGAGCCUGUCUGACACUGCCAUCAACGUCACCACCAGGAAGGCGAGCGCGCCGGAUAUUCUUAAACCUCUCAACCAAGAGAGUCCCAAACGCCUUCCUAAUCCUGUUCCGAAGCCCGAGAAUCUCUCAGCCAGGCCGACGCCCAGCGCUUUAUUCUCUGGAGGCUUGAGACACGCCAGUCUAACUAGCAUUAACAGCGCAUGCGCGGAGAUGGGCAAUUUUGACAAAGCUAGUGUCACUGGAGAAAUCGAGUUUGCCGUUCGCUACUGCUUCAAAACCUGUUCUUUAGAAAUAUGCAUCAAGGCCUGUAAGAAUCUUGCCUAUGGAGAGGAAAAGAAGAAAAAGUGCAAUCCGUACGUCAAGACCUAUCUGCUGCCUGACAGAUCCUCCCAGGGAAAGCGCAAGACUGGAGUCCAGAAGAACACGGUGGACCCAACCUUCCAGGAGACCUUGAAGUACCAGGUGGAGCCCCGGCAGCUGGCGACCCGGAGGCUGCAGGUCUCUGUGUGGCACUUGGGCACGCUCGCCCGGAGGGUGUUUCUUGGAGAGGUGACCAUCCCUCUGGCCAUAUGGGACUUCAAAGACAGCGCAACACAGUGUUUCUGCUGGUAUCCACUGAGGGCCCAGGCAGAGAAACUCGAAGACAGCUUUCUUCCCAAUAAUGGAGAACUUGCAGUCCGGGCCAAACUGGUCUUCCCUACAGGGCCCAGAAAGCUCCAGGAGACCCAAGAAGGGACAGAUGAGCCAUCCCCUAACGGUCAGCUUUGUUUGGUCGUGCUGGGAGCCAAGAAUUUGCCGGUGCGGUCAGAUGGCACCCUAAACUCAUUUGUUAAGGGCUGUCUCACUCUGCCAGACCAGCAGAAACUGAAACUGAAGUCCCCCGUCGCGAAGAAGCAAGCUUGUCCCCAGUGGAAGCACUCCUUCGUGUUCAAUGGCGUGAGCCCUUCCCAGCUGAGACAGUCAAGCCUGGAAUUAACCGUCUGGGACCAGGCCGUCUUUGGUGUGAACGACCGCUUGCUGGGAGAAGCCAGGCUCAGUUCUGGUAAGUCUGAGAUUAUCGGGCCUAAGUGGCAUGAAGACUCAUGCUCACAGUCAGCGCAUCAGUGGCAGAAAGUUCUGGAAAGCCCCAAUCUGUGGACAGACAUGACACUCACCCUGCACUGAAGCCAGGGUUCCAGUCUGUGGUGAGAAGUUCAAGGGCCACGGGCCUGAAGGUUAGCUGAGGACGUGGGCCUGGACACUUGCUGCCUGCAGCUCUGUCACGGAGUCCAAACGUUCUUCCAUGUCCCUCUGUAUUUACACCAAACAGAGCACUUGUUCUAUAAAUAUGUCUCCGUUUGUUUUUCUGUGCUUUGACACACGUGGAAAAGGGCCAGAUUUCAAUAAAUGUUCGUUAUCUCAAACUGAAAAUUACGGCCUUGUUAUAUGCACUGGAAGGAGAACUAGAGGAGCCUGGCGGGUAUAUCUGGUCCCUCCUGUUCCACAUGGUGGAGGGACUCCAUUCAGGGUGGUCAGCGCCUAGGUCCAGGGAGAGCCCGCAGGAGGGCCCCCCCCCACCCGCCUCGCC